AGGGACAGCGCCAUGUCCGGCCGCAGGAAAGGCCGCAAUGACGGCGAGGAGGUCGAGCUUUGGAAGAAUACCCAGAAUGAUAUCAAGUCCGUCAUCGCCGAUAUCAACGCCAGCAAUGACAACAUCCGCCAGAUCGCCGCCCUCGAGAGCCAGAUCGCCAAGAUCAAGGACUCCAAAAACCCCGCCGACAGCGUGCGCACUUCAGAGCUCAUGCAGCAGCUCGACACCCUGUACAGGGCCGGCGUUAAGAUCAACGACGCCACCAUCAAGAGAAUGGCCGAAAUCAACGAAUCCCUAGGGAUCGUCAAGGGCAUCCAGGCCGCCAAGGAGGAGGACGCCAAGCCCUCCAUCGGGACGGCCGCCCGCUCUUCGAGCUUUCACGCUGGCACAGGCCGGAGUUCCAGCCACCGCGAGAGGGAACGGGAGCGCGAACGGGAGCGCGACCGUGACCGUGAGCGGGACCGGGACCGAGACCGCGAGCGUGAGGCGGCGGCAGCGGACAGAGAAGGCGACAAGGACAGCAAGCAAGAUCUGUAUGACUUUGACGGGGCCGCCGACAGCCCCCACCCCAGCCCCAUUGGCGGCCACGCACGAAAGUUGGCGGGGAGGAAUACUGGCCCGUCGAGCGACCGGUCCGGCAACAGGGACAGCGUGCCCCCGCCCCACGCCAGCGACCGUGACCGUGACCGCGACCGCGACACGCCGGCCAAGGCUGACAGCGUCGAGCCGCAAGCCCACGGGGUGGUCGGCUCCUCGGCCAUGCGCGCCAGAGUGGUCUUCUCGGAAAACCAGGAUGUGGCGUUUAAGCCCAAGCCGGCGCAGCCCAGCGACACGCAGGACUGGUACCUGGGCAAGGUCAAGAAGGUGAUGGGGGACGGCAAGACGCGCCGAUACCUGGUCAAGGACGAGGAUCCAGACGUGCCCUCGCCCGCCAGGAAGGAAUACAAGAUGAGCGCGUCGGCCAUGAUCCCCAUUCCCUCGCCCACCACUGAGCUGCCGAGGCUGGACAAGGGCAAGAUGGUAUUGGCGCUCUAUCCCGACAGCACUACGUUCUACAAGGCCGAAGUGACGGGGAUGGACAGCGCGACGGGGAAUGUAAGCCUUCGCUUCGAAGGUGAAGAGCAGUCAGGGACGCAGCAGGUCGUGGAGCGUAGGUUUGUGGUCGACUACCGAGACUGAUGUGCCUCGUAGACUCGGCAGAUUGGUAUUGCUGCAAUGCACAGUUCUGAAUGCCCAAUCUCAACCACAUGUAGGUGUGCAUUUGUUAUUAAGAUUAUACAUACAUGCACACAGUUAUAUAUACAUAUAUAUAUUCAUAUAUAUUAUACAAAUUAAUAUUCUGUAU